CAAUUAUCGAUACUUCAAUUAAAAGAUAAGAUUAAAUGGGCAAAUCAGAUAGCUUAGAAUUUGCGAAUUGUUGAUGUUUAUAAAGGCAAAACGCUAAGCGAGCAACGGUCAUUUGCCCUAUGGUGUGCGCUCGGUAGACUACAUUUAAAAAUCCGGAGAAGUUUUCGUCACUUAAAACUCCACAGUUCAGCAGAAGAAUCGCAAAAAUGAGCCGAAUAUGGUCUGGAAAGAGCAAAACGCUGACUUUAUGGCUGGCAUGCGCGCUGCUACUGCUCCGGUCGACGAAACAGAGUCCGCUGACGCCGCUCGCCGCCGAUGAUACAAAUAGUACGGAAUCGUUAUAUUACACCGCCGGUGUUGUGGAAUUUCGACCCGCUAGAAAUGAAUCAAAUGCUGCUUUAGCAGACAAUCUCGCCGGUUAUUUGGAGAUAAUAAGCUCGAAAGCUGCGCAGGCUACAGAUAUUAUUGUAUUCCCCGAGAGCACAUUAAAUAGCGAUGAUACAGCUACAUUUGUACCUGAGCCCGAAAGCGACCAUGGCAACAUACCCUGCUUGCUGGGCAACACUAGCGAUUAUUCUGAUUUUCUGGUGCAGAUAUCGUGUGCUGCGCGCGCGGCGCGUAAAUAUAUUGUUAUCAAUUUAACAGAGCGUUCAAAGUGCGUCGCUUUUACAGCCGACCCGCGUCCAUGUGCAUCGAAUGGCCUAAAUAUUUUCAAUACUAAUGUUGUGUUCGAUCGUGAGGGCAAGGUAAUUUCGCGCUAUCGCAAAUGGAAUCUAUAUGGCGAGCGAAAGAAUACCACCUAUGAUGCUGAGUUGCGGUUUUUCGACACCGACUUCGGUGUAGUAUUUGGACACAUCGUCUGUUUUGAUAUAUUGUUUUAUAAGCCCGCACAGGUGUUGGUUAGUUUGGGUCUAACGGAUGUGAUCUUUACAUCAAUGUGGUUCUCACAGUUACCAUUUUUGACGGCGGUUCAAUUCCAAGAGUCGUGGGCUUACGCAAACGACGUUAAUGUGCUUGCUGCUGGUUCUAGUCUUCCAGCUGUUGGCUCAACCGGUACAGGCAUCUAUGCUGGGCGCGCUGGUCCAUUACUCUCCGUAAUGAAAACCGGUGAAGGCGAACGUCGUUUAUAUGUGGCGAGAGUACCAAAAAAGACGCUAAUCAAUAGAAGCGUACCGGCUGUGGCACAAGUAACUGAGACUGUAGUGGAACCAAAAGCAACGCACCGUCUAAGCCAAGCUGAUAUUUUACUAAAACGCGACUAUGUGGAUCAAUACGAGAGCAUUUUAGUCGAUUUGACGAAUACUAGUAGUCGUGCUGAGUAUGAUGUAUGCCACAAUACGUUCUGCUGUCAUUUUGAGCUACAAUGGCAUCAACUUACUACCGGUGGGGCAGGACAAUAUUACACCUACCGUUUAGGUGCCUACGAAGGUAUGCGCGAUGAGCCGGGCGCUGAAACUACGAAUGCGCUACGCAAUUGUGCCGUAUUUACAUGCAUCGGUAAUGAUAUAGCCGAUUGUGGACGCAUGUUCCCCGCUGAUGUCGUACAGCAGCCGCAAGUCGCUUUCGAUCGCAUAGCUAUUGAGUCCAACUUCCAAACGGGUUAUCCAUAUUUGUUAAUGCCGAACAGUUUGCGUGACGAUCUCAAACCGUUGGCGGUCAAUGAAUUUGAGUGGGAGGAAUACGAUCAGUUGAUUGAUGCGGAGGUAACGCGUCAUGUGCGCUAUACUUUGAACACAACAACCGACAAUCUUUUGGCUUUCUCGAUUUAUGGUAAUUUUUAUAGUGGGACCGGUUUUAUUAAUGAGUCCACGAGCUCACCGCCAACGCAAAGUCCCACAACGGCGGAACCAAAUGGUGGCGGUGGCGCUACGAUUUUAAUACAGCCAAUCAUUCUGAUUUGGACGUUGGCCGGUUUGCUAAAAGUUUUUGCUUAAAUACAUCAUAUUAAAGAGAUAAAAAUAUAAAAAAUACUAGCGCAAGUUUUGUG